UGUAUUCGGUAAUGCAGACGUAUACGAACAAACACAGAACCAUUGACUGAUUUGACAGGCGCCAGUAUAGAUUGAAAGUAGAGCAAUCAAAAAGUCGUAUAUUCGGUGUAGUUUGACUCUGGCAUUGUGGUUUAUUGUGCACGUUUUAAGACCAUAGAAAAGUGCUAGCGAUGCAAUGUAUCAAGUUUUCAUCAGGAGAUACCGUUUGGCCGAUGUGCCACACGGCAAGCCCUAUUAUGUUUACUGUAUUGAAGUCCUGGAGUCAGAACGUGGUACUCGAUACUUUAUCGAGAAAAGAUACAGCGAAUUCAGCGCGUUACAUCGCACGUUGAAGAAGGAAAACGCGGACACUGCUCCGUUUCCACCGAAGAGGGUAAGGAAUUCCCAACCAAAGGUGCUCGAGCAAAGACGAGCAGCAUUGGAAUUGUACGUUCAGAAAAUGUUACGCCUUUCAACCACGAAGCAACAGGUCCUCAAUUUUCUGGGUAUAGAAGGUCGAGCGGCCGUCGAGUCGUACAAAAGUACAUAUAAGAAUACGGAGGACACGCAGUAUGUUCAUCCCAGUGCUCUGAAUCAUCAUCCAGUAUUAACUUUCCAUUGUGAUCCGUACGUUUUGUCGAACGCAACGCCAAGUCUUCCAGAUAUUGUAAUAAAUGGGGUGCUUUUGGGCAUGUACUCGUGAACAACAACCAAGUUAUAUGUGACUGUGAUAUUCUUCACGACAGUCGUCGAGGGAAAGCAUCUUUCGCGGAGAGGCUCAACGAACGGAACGUAUUCGAAUAAAAAUUUCAACCUUGACAUGGAUUUUACUCGUACUCCGCUAUUUCGACAAAGAUAGAACGAUGGGUGUGCACCGAUAAAUGUACAUAGAAGAAGCAAAUGCUUCCAUUUCUAAUACUUCAUUUAUCAAUAUACACGAUGACGCAUCUUUUUCUAAUAUAUGAUUAUCUCUCGAUGGCUGCGUGAAUUAGAUGCAAACUUUGUUACUCACUUAAAUUUUUUAUUAAUCUGUACUUGUUUUUUUUUUCAUUUUUCACCGUAUAGUUUUUAUGUAAUGGUGUGUCUCAUGAAAUAUAGUGUAUUUUGACCACUUUGCUUCCUGGAUAUUUCUAAACCGUCUAUCGAAUCUAAAAUUAUAACUGAUUUUAUAUCUUUGUGAUGCACUUUUUGAGUAUAAAUGUAUUGAACAAUUAUGACGUCAGAAGACGCGCACAUUGUUGUAUCCAAAACAUUGCUAAAGGAAUACAAUUGAUUUCAAGACAAUGGUAAAAAAAGAACAUACAUCGUCAUACUUGACAUCAGGUUAUGCUGUAGUUAUCAGUUGAUAAAUCGAGGUUUUGAAAUGCACACUAUUUCCUGAGAUACUCAAAUAAAAUAUUUGUCAACUACGUGAACUCUGCAAUAAGCCUUUCAAUGACUACAGCUUAUCACUACAAAUAUUCAGUAAUAACUUGUUAUCAUCUUCGCUGCAUAUAAUACAUUACACAAAUUUCUUUCGUGCUGUAUAUUUUAAAUAUGGAAAGUUUUGAUGAAAAUCGUGACUAGCCUCUAUCGACGAUAAAUUAAUUUCUUUACGAAUAUAUAAAGUAUUUUAUUCCUGCGAUAAAAUAAUGAAUUAGUAUAGGACCAAAAAAGUCGACUAAAGUAAAAUGGAAGUAGCUUCGGGAGUUCACGGCUCGCCCAUCACUGCCAUCGCAGAGUACUAACGAGAGAUACAAGCUCGAGUGGAAAAACCGAAUUUACGUGUGCCACGAUAUCGCGUAUGUAACAUAAUUAGAUACGAUCCGAAAUGAACUGUACACAACCAUGUAACCAUGACACGCCAGAAAAUAUACCUUGUUAUAUUUGAA